GUGCGCACGUCGCCCGUAGAUUUCAACCGCCCCACCCCCCGCGUGCAUUCACUGUCCACGCCCCUCGACGCGUCCCCUCUAGUUGUUGGAUAUUCAGAGCUUCGACUGGAACAUCUUGUUUAGUAAAAUUUCGACGAACCGGAAAUGUCACCCUCUCGGCUCACCGCCUCUCACGAACGCGAACAAGGCAAAGACGCGGUCUAUGGGAGCAGACUGUCACGGUCAGAUAUCCGUGCCUGGGCCACCACGUCUGCUCGUCCAGAACAAUCUCAAUCAUCACACGCAUCCUCGUACUCUUCUCCUUCUCGUCGUCCAGACCGCGAUCCACACCGUUCGACAUGGACAGGGGCCGACAGAGCCAAGCACUCGGGCCGCCAUACUGUUGUGGACCAGUAUGGCCAGUACGGUUCGCUGCCCACGCGCACAUCUGCUCGUCCUGCGCCGCAUCGAGCAAGCACCAUCCAGGAAACUCAUCAUCCGAGGAAGAAGAGAAGCAGCCCUGCCGUCGCCGCCACACCCGCCACCAUCGCAGUCGCUCAAGCCAGAUGGACUAACCCACGGUCACCCUCCUCUCCACUCAAUCCCCAGAGCACCACAUCUCGUAAACCUUCAACUCGCAAACCUUCCGCCGUCCGUAGCCGCACUCUUCCUCCACCCACUCGUCCCCGCGGUCUCAACCGUUAUUGUAACUCUGGCGACGACUGGCUCAAUUAUAGCUCCGGCUCUGACUCGAAGGAGGAGAGCGACUCGGGCUCCUCGUAUUCAGAACCCUCUGUGGCGGCUUCGCCGCCGCCACAAACGCCUCGGAAUGUAUUCUCUUCCUUCGAAUUCGCCCCAUUCUCCUUAGACAAUGUUCAGCCGACAGCGUCGUCGUCACCACGCGUUCGUGCUGCAGACGAUCGCGGAUACGAACAAAGUCGCGACAACGGCAGCACUCUCCCUCCGAUAUCUUUCGACCGCGACGAUGAUGGACUGGACGGACUGGCGCACCUGUACUCCUGGGCCGCCUUUUCGGCAUACACAGACGGGCAUGAAUCAUCACAAACGCCGGACUACCUCGGCGGUGCAUCAUUCCUCGCUACCCCAUCCUCGCACCCCGACUCCGCUCCAGAGCCGCGUUCCCCCACUGACGAGAAGAAACACGCCCUACUUCUGACGCUCGCGGGCAAACGGACGAUCAAGUCGCCGCCAGAAACACCACCGGAGAAGAAAAAACCCAUCAUACGUCCUGGACCGCCUCCGAAACCGCACGAACGAGGCCGUUCGCAGGGGGAGAAACGGAAGGGCUUUCUUCCAGUAUCGGUGGCGAGGCUUUUGAGGAAGGUAUCGGCGGAUUCACUUGACAAGUAUUUUGGGCAGAGUCCUUUGCAGGGGCCUGGUUCCGAGUCGAAGGACGAAACGGGUGCGGGUGCGGAAGAAGGGAAAGGCGGGGAUAGGUGUUGUGCUGACUGGUUCUUCAUCUUGGAUGUGGGUGACUGUUUGGCGAGUGCAGAGGAGAAGACGAGUUCGUGGAAGAGACGGUUUCGGAGUUGA